AUGAAAGGCAGACUAAUGUUCUUCGACGAAGUAGCCUGGGACAAAAGCGACGGCCAACUAGCAACCUGGAAAGCAACCCUCCUCAACGAAGAAUCCAUGAAAAAGAUAACCACAUUAAUCAAAACCCACCGCCAUGGCGUAGCAGGCCAACUCUUCCCACCUCAAAAGGGCUCCUUCAACAUGGUAAUCCGCCUACGAUUCAUCGACGGCGCCUCAGCCAUAAUCCGCUUCCCAAUCCCAGGCUACUCAGUCUUCCCAGACGAAAAGCUCCACCACGAAGUAUCCGUCAUGCGAUUUCUCGAGCGACACACAGGCAUCCGCAUCCCGCACGUCCUGUAUCACGGCAGCAGCGACGAAAGUCCGUACGGCCUAGGCCCGUUCAUUAUCAUGGAGUAUAUCGACCAUAACGCGGAUUUGGUGGAUGCGCUGAAUACGCCCGGACUGCCGGACGAAGAACGGCCCGUUCUCGAUCCCAGUAUUGACGAGAACAGGUUGCGCUCGGUGUAUAAUCAGAUGGCGGGACUGUUGUUGCAGGUUGCGAAACACUCGUUUCCUCGUAUUGGAUGUAUAUCUAAUGCAGCGAAAGACGAGUUCGAUGACGAGUGGGUUGUUAUGCACAGGCCGUUGAGUAUCAAUAUGAAUGAGCUUGUGCAAGUGGGUGGUGUGGCGGCUGAGGAUCUGCCGGGGAUAACGGAGACGUUUGAUACUGGGGCAGGUUAUUUACUUGCUCUUGCGGAGUUGCAUAUGACGCAUCUUUCGUCGCAGCAGAAUGACGCUAUUGACGAUGCGCAGGACUGCAGGAUGAAGUAUAUUGCGCGGUGUCUGUUCCGGAAGCUUGCGAGGGAGGCGCGGCUUUGUUGGGUUGCGGAGGAAGGGAUGUUUAAGCUGUUCUGUGAUGAUUUGCGGCCGGCAAAUAUACUUGCCAACUCGGAGUUUGGGUAUAAGAUAUCCGGGGCUAUUGAUUGGGAGUUUGCUUAUGCUGCUCCGUUGGAGUUCGUGUAUAGUCCGCCGUGCUGGCUGCUGCUUGAGAGGCCAGAGUACUGGGAGGAUGGAAUUGAUGACUGGGAGAGGGUGUAUGAGACCCGGUUGGAGGUUUUCUUACAGGAGCUGCGCAUGCGAGAGGAUGUUGAUAUUCGGCGUGGGGUUAUUGGAGAGGAGAAUCGGCUUUCUGGACAUAUGCGGGAGAGCUGGGAUAAUGGGGGGUUCUGGGUUAGUUAUGCGGCGAGGAGAAGUUGGGCUUUCGAUAUUAUCUACUGGGCGAGGAUUGAUCGGAGGUUCUUCGGGGAGGGCAAUUUGGAGGAUCGGAUUGAAUUGUUGACUGUUGAGGAGAGGGAUGGGAUGGAGGCCUUUGUACGGAGGAAGUUGGCCGAGAAGGAGGAGGGUGGCUUAGUGGGAUAUUAG